UGUUCUCCUUCAUCAAUGGAUAUUUCUCAUUAAUAUUAAUGCAUUUUUAUGUUUUGCAGUAGUAUUGAUAUAUUUUUUUGAACUCAGAGGAUUAAUUGACCUUGGAAAAUGUAUGCUAAUAGAUACCUGGAUGAAGGUCCUUCUUAUGAGAAUUACCAAUUAUCAGAAGAUGAGAAUGAGGAUGUGGUCCGUGCUAUUGAAUUCUCUCUUCAAGAAUCGAAGGCAGAAGAGAUGAACACAGGCGAUACAGAGUUUCCCCAGAUUGAUGAAGUAGAAGAACUUGCACAAGCGCUCGAAGAAAGCACAUUGUCAUCUACAGACUUAAGCACCAGUACUGGAGGCAGAGAGCUGAAAUGGUGGAAACUUUUCAAGGAGUCAAAUCCAUUUGUCCAUGCAUCAAGGAGCACUUCUUUCUGGAGAACGAGUAGAAAGCAGUGCAAUAUUCUUGUUUGUGAUGUUUGUGAAGAAGAGAUUUGCUCGGAUUGGUUAAGGUGUACAUACUGGGGCCAAACUUACUGUAAAAAGCAUACAUCUGAUGGAACUUCUGAGUGCUGCAGCUGUUCAAGAUUAAAGAUAGGAGACCUGCAGUAUAUCACUCUGAAUGAUGGUCGGAAACUUUGCCCUGAUUGUCAUUAUACAGCAGUGACGGAUCCUGGAGACUGUAAGCCCCUUCUUGAUGAAGUGCACAGAUUUUUCAAAGGAAUGAACAUGAAAGUCAGAUAUUACAUUCCAGUUCUGUUAGUUGAUCAAAAAGAGAUGAUGAAAAAGGACCAAAAGACAUCACUUGGCUUGACUAUCUAUGAGAAAUCUAAAUUGGACGCCGUAACUUAUGUGUCAAGGUCAAUACAAAAGGGUGAAAAAGUUAAAGUGAUGAAAGAAGUAGAACAUCUGGUUGAAGGACGCAAAGUGAAAGCAAUGCUGCUUUUGUACGGCUUUCCAAAGUUGGCCUUGGGAGCAACUUUGGCUCAUGAAAUGAUGCACGCUUGGAUGAGGAUUCAAGGGUAUAGAGGGCUGAACCUAAACAUCGCAGAAGGUAUUUGUGAAGUUAUGGCUCACAAGUGGCUAGACUGGCAAACUUUUACGGGUGAUGAAAAUAUAGAAGGUACAAGUGAAAAAGCUCAGUUCUUGAGAAAUCUGAAAGAGCUGCUGAAAGAUGGAAUUGAAAAAAACCAUUCUGAGGCAUAUGGUCAUGGAUUUAGAGAAGCAAAAUGGGCAGUUGAACGUUAUGGUUUAAGAUGCACACUGGAAAAUAUAUCUCGUACAGGCAGGUUACCUGACUGAUUUAAUGGGACUUUCUGCUUUAGAACAACUUAAUGUGCCAUUCGUAGAAUUCUGGAGAUCCAGCAAUUUCUCUGUGAAUUCUGGAGAUAUAGGUUCCCAACAUGCGUGUCAUAAAAGAAAUCAAUUUAAUAAAAUUUUUGAAGCAGGAAUCAUUUGCAUUCCUAUUAAGAUUACAAAAUUUGAAGAGCAAAAGCACAUG